AUGCCUCGUCCCGCCAAGAAGGUCGCCGUCGAGGCCCCCAAGGUCCCCGUCGCCGCUGUUCCUGUCGCCCCAGCCCACCCCGUCGCGCCCAUCCAGAUGCAUCAAAGACAAAUCGACGUCGACGGUUUUGUCCGUGUCCGCGACUCGGUUCACCAACGCCUGAUUACCAUCCUUGAGCUCAUCAAGAACUUCUCUGAGGACUACUACCGCCAAACCAGCCUUCUUCUCGGCGAGUCUGCUAUCGAGGGCAUUCCCGGCAUUGACCACCCUCUCAUCAACCUUGACCAUGCCGUCGCUCAGAGCAUGGCCCCCAUGGCCCUUGGCCUGCAAGCUGGUCCUGCCUACCAGCCCGCCCCUGUUGAGGAGAAGAAGGAGCGCAAGAAGCGCACCCACGACCCCAACGCUCCCAAGCGUCCUCUGACUCCCUACUUCCUGUACAUGCAGACCGCUCGUCCCAUCAUUGCCAACGAUCUUGGCGAGGCAGCCCCCAAGGGUGCCGUUCAGGAAGAGGGUCAGCGCCGCUGGAAGGCCAUGAGCCCCGGUGAGAAGGCUGGCUGGAACAACGCUUACCAGUACAACCUCCGCCUGUACCAGGCCCGCGUCCACGCCUACAAGCAGGGUGGCAACCUCGAAGCCAGACUCAUGGACGACGAGGCCGCGCUCAAGUACGCUGAGGAGCACAACAUCCAGGUUGCUGCUACUGAGGCCGCUCCUGAUGUUGAGGACGCCAUUGCCGACCAAUUGGCUCAGGGCACCUCUGCCGACGCUGUCGGCGAGGAUGACGAUGAGGAGGAGGCCCCUGUGCCUGUGAAGACCCCUAAGAAGCCGGCUUCCACCCGCAAGCGCAAGACUGCCACUCCCGCCGCCGAGGCUGAGGCUAAGAACACUGGAACCCCUGCCAGCCCUGACAAGAAGCGCCGUCGCACAUCAACCAAGGCUGCCGACGCCGUCGAGGAGCCCGCAACAGCCAAGAAGAGCCGCAGCAAGAAGAAGAACUGA